CAAAUCCUAACAGCCACUGAACCUAAUGCCAAAUUUGCUCCUGAAAUGCAACUGAUUAACAGUUUUACAUGUGCCAUCCUGCCACGCAAGCGCGUAGGACAUCGUCAGUGCAGGUGACACAGUCACGUUUCUUCAUACAAAAAUAUAAUUCUGGAGAAGUGCUUCCAUGUUCUUCAAAAUUAAAAAAUGAGACGACCAGAAUCCACAAAGAUAAUGGGCCAAACAAAGAGAAGCUUAUGCCACUGUCAGAUAGGUUAUUGUGCAAUGGAAUUGCAAUUAGCCGAACCUAUAAACCAGUCGACAUCCGACGCCCGUUGACAUUCUGCUCUUCAUGGCAAAAAAUUGGCAAACAUGACUUUGCAAUCUGGUGAUCUGUAGCAAAUGAGCCUAAAAGAAAACAGAAGUGAAAUAAACUAGGUUUGACUAAUGAAGGUUGAGAUAUAAUUAAACCCCAAUUUAGUACAAAACGAAUAUGCACAUAUUCUCUCACCCCUGAUCCCUCUUCUCUGACGAGAAUUCUUCAAGCUCCUCCAUGCCUCACACUUCAUGCCAUCAAAAGGCAAAAACAAGCAAGAAACAUCUCCUGCUACUAUAUAUCUCCUACACAUCUACGACAAGAAAGUUUCACACAUACCAUCGAUCGAAUUCAAGGCUUGAAUUCGAAAGUUCAUGGAGAGCCAUCUCAACGAGCAGCAGAUCUCCGAUUUCCGAGACGCCUUCUCGCUGUUCGACAAGAACAAUGACGGUUGCAUAAGUAGGGAGGAGCUGGCCACCGUGCUCACACGCCUGGGCAUGGCGCCAAGCCAGGAGGAUCUGCAAGACAUGAUCGUGGCCGUCGAUGAGGAUGGCAAUGGCACGAUCGAGUUCGACGAGUUCCUCGCAAUAAUGAAGAAGAAACUAUAUGAGAAUGACAAGGGUGAUGAUGAGGAAGAACUGAGGAAGGCUUUCAGGAUUUUCGACAAGGAUGAUAAUGGAUUCAUAUCACGCAAUGAGUUAAGCAUGGUGAUGGCUAGUCUUGGAGAGGAGAUGACAGAAGAUGAGAUUGAUGAUAUGAUGAAGGCAGCUGAUAGCAACAACGACGGGCAAGUUGAUUACGAAGAGUUCAAGCGAGUCAUGAUGAGCACGUAAACGAUUUUUGAUUCUCUUCAGCCAGAAAUUGUAUCUGGAAUCAUUUUGGAUGCCAUUUGAUUUCAUGGGAGUGUGAGAGGCAAAGUUGUGGUAUGCCUAAUUUUUCAUGUAGUGUGUGCAGUGUGCUAUUUGUUUGUUGAAUUGGGAAAAUUGGUUACAUCAUGCCAUGUUUCAUCAGUUUUGGUGCAGUAUUAUGCUGUGUGACUGAUGACUCUUCCAUCAUAUCAUGAACAGAUGGAAUAUCACAGAAAUAUUCAAACCUCAUGUAACAAUCUGGCGUUACAAGCCAUGAUUGAACAAGGAAUAAUGUUGUAUUGCAUAAUUAUAUUAUUACCUCCGUCCCAAAAUAAAUACAGCCGUAGAAAUCCGUGUCCAACGUUUGACCGUCCGUUUUAUUUGAAAAUUUUAUGAAUUUUUUUUAAAAAA